AUGGAAUCCAUCUGGAAUCACAUAACCUUGUCUGAACCCGUUCUUAGAAAUUCUGAUGUUGCUGGAAAAUCAUUAGUAUACAACAACAAUGAUAAAUUGAAUCAUUUCUUGAUGGCUCUUACUAAUGAUUAUGAAACAACACGGGCUGCAUUGCUAAACCAACAACCUUUGACAACUCUUGAAGAUGCUCUUCCUCAACUAAAAUCUGAAGAAACUCGUUUGGUUCCAUCUGGUGGUCCAGUUCAUGAAAGUAGUACAAUAUCCAAUUCUCAUGAUCAAUCUCCAAUUGAUAGUUCAACUCUCGAUAUAAAUGUUUAUUUAGAGAGCACACCUCUUCAGCCUAAUGUGUGUUUUUCUCCAAGUGAUGGUAAAUUAUUUUCUAAUGCCAAUCUUUAUCGGACAGUUGUCGGCAGUCUUAUCUAUCUGAUAGUUAGACGUCCAGAUAUUGCUUAUGAUGUACAAUUAGUUAGUCAAUUAUUGGUUGCACCUCGCUCUACUCAUUAUGUUGUUCUGCGAAUUCUUCGUUAUGUUAAAAGUAUUAUGUUCCAUGGACUUCACUUGUCAGCAAAUUCUUCUCUUGAAUUAAAAGCAUAUGCUGAUGUUGAUUGGGGACAUGAUCCCAUUGAUAGACUUUCUACUAGUGGUUACUAUAUUUCUCUAGGAGAUUCUCUUAUAUCUUAA